ACUUGUCGACGCUUGAUUGAGGAGCCUGGCAACGUUACUUCCGGUGCCUGGCUCCGUUUCCGGCUUUUUGUUCUUACGAGCGACGGCGUACGCCUUAGAUUAUUUACUGUUUUUGAAGAAUUUAACACAAACAUGGAUAUCAGACCGAAUCAUACAAUUUAUAUCAACAAUAUGAAUGACAAAAUUAAAAAGGAAGAAUUGAAGAGAUCCCUCUAUGCCCUGUUUUCUCAGUUUGGUCAUGUGGUGGACAUUGUGGCUUUAAAGACAAUGAAGAUGAGGGGGCAGGCCUUUGUCAUAUUUAAGGAACUGGGCUCAUCCACAAAUGCUUUGAGACAGUUACAAGGAUUUCCAUUUUAUGGUAAACCAAUGCGAAUACAGUAUGCAAAGACAGAUUCGGAUAUAAUAUCUAAAAUGCGUGGCACUUUUGCUGACAAAGAAAAGAAAAAAGAAAAGAAAAAAGCCAAAACUGUGGAACAGACUGCAACAACCACAAACAAAAAGCCUGGCCAGGGAACUCCAAAUUCAGCCAAUACCCAAGGAAAUUCAACACCAAAUCCUCAGGUCCCUGAUUACCCUCCAAACUAUAUUUUAUUCCUUAAUAACUUACCAGAAGAGACUAACGAGAUGAUGUUAUCCAUGCUGUUUAAUCAGUUUCCUGGCUUCAAGGAAGUACGUCUAGUACCAGGGAGGCAUGACAUUGCUUUUGUUGAAUUUGAAAAUGAUGGGCAGGCUGGAGCUGCCAGGGAUGCUUUACAGGGAUUUAAGAUCACACCAUCCCAUGCUAUGAAGAUCACCUAUGCCAAGAAAUAACAUUUGGGAUAGUCGUCUUUAAAGGACUUGGUAUUAUGUGUGUGUUUUGAUAACAUUUAGUUGGGUCAUUUUAAUAGAGAUUAGCGGGAGUGAAUGAAAUUUUUGUGAAGGACUUACACUAGUAUUCCUUUAGCUUUGGUGAACUAUGAAAUAUGAAGGCCUUAAUUUUGUACAAUAAACUUUUAUUUGUAUUUUGUAUAUAAUGGCUUCUUUAUUGACCCACUGCCCUAUCAUCAAAUGACUAUUCUAGUCUAAAACUCGUCUUAAGGUUUAUAAAACUGUGUAAAAGGAUGCUUUUCUAGUGCUAUUUUGGAGGAGCUAAUGAUAUAACAUCAUUGAACUAUUUUAAUAAAAGUCAAGUAGAAUUAGAUCACA